GCUUCACACAGGCAGACACACAAAACAUAGCAUUUGGUUCGGGCGAGGAAGUGGUUUGUAAUAUCAACCGAGCGGAUUGUCUUGUGGAAAGAAAACAAAUUUUCACUGUGAAACACAGCACAGCAGCAUCAUCUUUGCAUAGCUACGGGCGUAUCCUUCGUCGAGCGCGGCGUGCAAGGAGCCUCCACCUAGGCUCUGGAGCCCUCGGGGUUGCUGCAGCAAUCAUCAAAAUCUCUGGUCUAGUGCGAUUUUUCCAAAGCAAAAAAGAAACCCGUGAAAUCAUAGUGUGCCAUUGUUUUCCGUGCGGGUGUGUGCGUGUGCGCGUGUGAAAAGGAUACAGUUUUUCACUUCGCUGUGAUUAAUACGCUCUGUGUACCGGAAGGAAACCGUUCCGCCGCGAAAAAGAAAAGAACACACACAAAAAAAACAGCGAAGAUGGUGAUGCUGGUUCGCGAGACAUCGCGUACCGUGGCAAUCGCAACCGCGUUGCUCUGCUUAUUAAGUGGCUUCAAUUGUCUCAAUGGAGUGCUGGGUGCUGGCAAGGUGGACGACUCGAAGGGACCCGUCUUCCUGAAGGAACCGACCAACCGCAUCGAUUUUUCCAACUCGACCGGUGCCGUAGUUGAAUGUAGCGCAACCGGCAAUCCGCCACCGGAAAUGAUCUGGAUCCGUAGCGAUGGAACGGCCGUUGGCGAUGUGCCUGGACUGCGGCAGAUUCUGCCGAACGGAAAUCUGGUGUUCCCACCGUUCCGGGCCGAGGAUUACCGGCAGGAGGUGCACGCCCAGGUGUACGCAUGCAUGGCCAAGAACCAGUUCGGAUCGGUUAUUUCACGCGAUGUCAACGUUCGUGCCGUUGUGCAUCAGCACUACCAGAUCCGUGUGAAUGAUGAGUUCGUAUUGAACGGCAAUGCGGCCAUCCUGAAGUGCUUGGUACCGUCCUUCCUGCAGGAUUUUAUAACAAUCGAAUCGUGGGACAUUGACGAUCAAACAGUCAUGAUCGAUGCGGAAGAAUCGACCAUGGAUGGUAAAUACAUGGUGCUACCCUCCGGUGAGCUACAUAUCCGUGAAGUUGGACCUGAGGACGGUUACAAGAGCUACCAGUGCCGUACGAAGCAUCGUCUUACCGGCGAGACACGGCUUUCGGCCACCAAGGGACGAUUGGUGAUCACAGAACCACUUGGUAGGGUGUCUCCCAAGCUAGACUCCACUUCCAAGAUCGUGACGGCAGAAGUAAGGCAUGGUAAUACGAUCGCCUUACUUUGCUCUGCUCAGGGUUACCCGAUAGCCGUUUUUAGAUGGUACAAAUACAUCGAAGGAACACAGCAGAAGAAGGCCGUUGUAUUGGACGAUCGUGUGAAGCAAGUGUCCGGCACACUCAUCAUCAAGGAUGCGGUAGUAGACGACUCUGGCAAGUACCUGUGCGUGGUGAACAACUCGGUUGGCGGUGAAAGCGUGGAAACUGUCCUGACGGUAACGGCACCGCUAGCGGCAAAGAUUGAACCUCGCACACAAACGGUAGACUUUGGUCGUCCAGCAGUCUUUACGUGCAAAUUCUCCGGCAAUCCGAUAAAAACCGUUUCCUGGAUGAAGGAUGGCAAAUCACUCGGACACAGUGAUGCAGUUUUGCGCAUUGAGUCGGUGAAGAAAGAGGACAAGGGCAUGUACCAAUGUUUCAUUCGCAACGAUCAGGAAAGUGCACAGGCUAGUGCAGAACUCAAGCUCGGAGGACGUUUCGACCCACCGAUAAUCCGUGAAGCAUUCCCAGAGGAAACACGUCACCCAGGACCGUCGGUGUUUUUGAAGUGUGUGGCCGGUGGAAACCCAACGCCUGAAAUCAGCUGGGAAUUGGAUGGAAAGAAAAUUACGAACAGCGAACGCUAUCAGGUCGGACAGUAUGUGACGGUGAAUGGUGACGUUGUGUCGCAUUUGAAUAUUACAUCGAUCCAUUCAAACGAUGGUGGUCUGUACAAGUGUAUGGCGAGCAGUAAAGUCGGUGUUGCUGAACACUCAGCGAAGCUCAAUGUUUAUGGUCUACCGUACGUCAGGACGAUGGAAAAGAAAGCGAUUGUGGCUGGCGAAACGUUGAUCGUCACCUGUCCGGUAGCAGGAUAUCCAAUCGAAUCGAUUGUUUGGGAACGAGACAACCGGCAACUACCCAUCAACCGCAAGCAGAAGGUAUUCCCGAACGGAACUUUAAUCAUCGAAAAUGUCGAACGAAACUCAGACCAAGCUACGUACACCUGCGUGGCGAAGAAUUCAGAAGGAUAUACCGCGCGUGGUACACUGGAAGUGCAAGUUAUGGCUCUGCCGAUGAUUAAUCCGUUCCACUUUGAGGAUCAUGUCGAUUCGGAGGAAAGCGUCCAGGUUACCUGUCAUGCAUCGAAGGGCGAUCUACCGAUCGAAAUUACCUGGCUGUUCAAUGGCAAACCCAUUCGUAUUAGUUCAAACAUUGAAAUCACUUCGAUCGGUAAAAGAUCUAGUUCGUUAAGCAUACCCUCUGUCGGAGCAGAUCAUUCCGGAGUGUACACGUGCACUGCAAAGAAUGUUGCCGGUAGCCGGAACCUGUCGGCUGAGCUGUUUGUUAAGGUUCCGCCCAAAAUAUUCCCCUUCAGUUUCGGUGAAGAUCCAAUGAAUGAGGGUGAUUCUGGUUCGGUGCAGUGUAACGUACCUUCGGGUGAUUUGCCGAUCGGUAUUAAAUGGUACUUCAAUGGUGCUGUGAUCGAGGAUCUUGCCACUACAAUCACAAACAUCGGCAAAAGAGCAAAGGUCCUGACGAUAGAUUCUGUAGCUGCACGCCACGCAGGAAACUAUACCUGCGAGGCAUCAAAUCUUGCGGACGUAGUACAUUUCAGUGCUUCUUUGGUAGUUAAUGUACCUCCAAGGUGGAUUCUUGAACCAACUGAUAAGGCCUUUGCUCAGGGUUCGAACGCCAAGGUAGAAUGUAAAGCAGAUGGUUUCCCCAAGCCACAAGUCACCUGGAAGAAGGCUGUUGGAGACACUCCCGGCGAAUAUAAGGAUUUGCGCUCAAAUGAUUCAAGCAUUCGUGUGGAAGAAGGAUCUCUUUUCAUUCAAAACAUUCAGAAAUCGAACGAAGGAUACUAUUUGUGCGAAGCCAUUAACGGCAUCGGAUCCGGGUUGAGUGCGGUUACGCUGAUCACCGUUCAAGCACCACCAGAAUUUGUAGAGAAGCUUCGCAAUCAAACUGCCCGCCGUGGUGAACCAUCCGUAUUGCAGUGUGAAGCGAAGGGUGAGAAACCCAUUGGCAUCUUGUGGAAUAUGAACAACAUUCGGCUGGACCCGAAGUCGGAUAAUCGGUACACGAUUCGUGAGGAAAUUCUUCCCAACGGUGUUACCUCAAGCCUUUCCAUUAAGCGUACGGAACGAAGUGAUUCGGCAUUGUUCACCUGCAUGGCAACGAACGCAUUCGGCAGUGAUGAUACUAGCAUCAACAUGAUCAUUCAGGAACCACCAGAGAUGCCGUACGCGCUGAAGGUGUUGGACAAAUCUGGCCGAACUGUGCAGCUGAGCUGGGCUAAACCGUACGAUGGUAACUCUCCGUUGAAGCGUUAUAUUAUUGAGUUCAAACGAUCGCGGGGAUCUUGGGAAAAUGAUAUUGAUCGAGUGAUUGUACCUGGAGACACGAAUGAGGCACAAGUCCAGAAGCUAAGCCCCGCAACAACUUACAAUAUUCGCAUUGUGGCUGAGAAUGAUAUUGGUGUAUCGGAUCCUUCAGAUGUGGUAACGAUCAUAACGGCGGAAGAGGCACCAUCUGGUAAACCACAAGCGAUCAAGGUUGAGGCAAUUAACCAGUCGACACUGCGCGUCAGCUGGAAAGCACCGGCUCGGGCAGAAUGGAAUGGUGAUAUUUUGGGAUACUAUGUAGGAUACAAACAGACCUCCAUUAACACUCUGUACGUGUAUGAAACCGUAAACUAUUCGCCCGAGGGUGGAGAAGGCAAGGAGCACAGUCUGGAGAUCAAUAACCUGAAGACGUACACGCAGUAUUCGAUUGUAAUUCAAGCGUUCAAUAAAGUUGGCGCUGGUCCAAUGAGCGACGAAGAAAAGCAGUACACGGCCGAGGGUACACCUGAUCAGCCACCAAGUGAUACGAUGUGCACAACGCUAACGUCACAGACGAUUCGUGUAUCUUGGGUAAGCCCACCCUUGGAAUCGGCGAACGGUGUCAUCAAGGGUUACAAGGUGGUGUACGCACCAAGCGAUCUGUGGAACAACGAUAAGAACAAGGAUUACAAGAAAACGGCCUCCAGCGAUACGGUACUGCAUGGUUUGAAGAAAUACACCAACUACACGAUGCAGGUGCUGGCCACGACUUCAGGUGGUGAUGGAGUGCGCAGUGCGCCGAUUCACUGUCAAACAGAACAGGACGUCCCGGAAGCACCGACUGCAGUGAAGGCUUUGGUAAUGUCCGAGGGAUCAAUUCUUGUUUCCUGGCAACCACCGGCACAGCCCAACGGUUUGAUUUUGCAGUACACCGUGUACAUCAAGAGUGGAGAACAAGAACCAAAAAGCUACAAAGUUCCAUCCUUCCAAAUAAACUAUGAAGCAUCGGGAUUGGAAAAAAAUCAAAAGUACGAAUUCUGGGUAACGGCCUCGACUACCAUCGGAGAGGGUCAAUCCUCCAAAACACUGUCUGCCAUGCCGAGUGAUAAGGUUCCAGCCAAGAUUGCUUCGUUCGAUGAUAAGUUUACGGCUACUUUCAAGGAAGAUGCUAAACUACCGUGCUUGGCCGUGGGAUCGCCGACGCCGGACAUUACCUGGAAGAUCAAGGGUGUAGAGUUUGUACCGAACGAACGCAUCCGUCAGCUGCCAGAAGGAUCACUGUUCAUCAAGGACGUUAUUCGACAGGAUGCUGGUGACUAUACCUGUACCGCGGAAAACUCGAUCGCCAAAGAUUCGAUCACACACCGACUGAUCGUGCUGGCACCACCACAAUCUCCACAGCUUACACUAACGGCAACAACAACGGAUUCGCUCUCGGUUAAGCUGAAACCUCAUGAAUCGGAUACCGCACCUCUGCAGGGUUAUACGUUGCAUUACAAGCCCGAGUUCGGCGAAUGGGAAACAAUCGAUGUUGCGCUGGAAGCACCGAAAUACACAAUCGAAAAACUGUACUGCGGAUCACGCUAUCAGGUGUAUGCAACGGCUUACAAUACAAUCGGAGCUGGAGAGCCAUCGGAUAUUUUGAACACACGCACAAAGGGUUCGAAACCACUCCUACCGGAAAAAUCACGAUUCAUCGAAGUUUCAUCAAACUCGAUCACGUUGCAUCUUCCCGCAUGGAAGGAUGGCGGUUGUCGAAUGUCUCACUUUGUUGUUGAGCACAAGAAGAAGGAUCAAAUUGAUUGGAACCAGAUUUCGAACAAUGUCAAACCGGGUGGAAACUUUGUAGUGUUGGAUCUUGAACCUGCUACCUGGUACAAUCUUCGCGUGACUGCUCACAACAAUGCUGGAUUUACUGUCGCAGAAUAUGAAUUCGCUACUCUCACCAUCACGGGAGGAACGGUUGCGCCCAGCUUUGGCUCUGUGCAACCAGGUACGAUCUACCCACCGUGGAUUCCGCACUGGAUUGACCUGAACGUAAUGGUACCACUGAUCGCAACCGUGAUCGUGGUGGCGGUAGGUGUAUUAGUAAUUUGUGUAGCAAUCUCCCGACGCCGAGAUGACGAUCCCCGAUGUGGACCGAAGGAUGUAUACUACGAUGUCGUGUACAAUCAGUCAAUGGGACCGGCGGGAGCUGCUACACUUGACAAGAGGCGACCGGAUAUACGUGACGAGCUGGGAUACAUUGCACCACCGAACCGUAAGCUACCACCGGUACCAGGAUCCAACUACAAUACCUGCGAUCGAGUGAAGCGGGGAACUGUAAUAAGCCAUAAUCCUUCCAUAAAAUCCAACCAUACCACUUGGGAUCCGCGACGUCCGUUGUACGAAGAACUGAAGAAGGCACCACCACCAUUGCCAAGACGUUUCAACCAUCCGCCGGCGUGUUAUGGCAUGGAGGAUGAGAUUUGCCCGUACGCAACGUUCCAUCUGCUUGGAUUCCGGGAAGAAAUGGACCCAACAAAGGCAAUGAACUUCCAAACAUUCCCGCAUCAGAAUGGUAUGGGUGGUCCAGGGCAUAUGGGAACGAUGGGAUCAAGCAUGGCCAUGCAGGUACCCAGCCACGUACACUCGCGAUCCGGUUCACAGUCAAUGAAUCGUUAUGCUCGCAAAAAUAGCCAAGGAGGUCAGAGCAGCAUCUACACACCGGCACCGGAAUAUGACGAUCCGGCCAACUGUGCUGAGGAAGAUCAAUAUCGACGUUACACACGCAUUAACUCUCAGGGCGGUUCGCUCUACUGUGGCCCAGGACCUGAGUACGAUGAUCCAGCCAAUUGUGCUCCGGAAGAUGAUCAGUACGGUUCGCAGUAUGGUGGCAACUAUGGUACACCUUAUGAACAUUAUGGCUCCCGAGGAUCUGUUGGACGUCAUAGCGUUGGUUCGCCGGAACCACCACCACCACCACCACGCAACCACGAUACGAGCAACUCGUCCUUUAACGAUUCCAAAGAGAGCAACGAAAUUUCCGAAGCAGAAUGUGACCGCGACAAUGGUCCACGUGGGAACUACGGAGAACCAUCUGAGGCUUCAUCGAAAUCCAACGAUGCUAUUAAUGGUGACGAAACAGAGAAAUUAUUGAAAAGAAACGAAGUCAAACCCAAGUACACCAAACAAACAGCAGCCUCCGGUAGCACAGGACUCACAGCCUACGAUACUAUGGCAGUGUAAUCUGUAAGCCACGAAGUUCAACCGUGCAAGUAGCACUCUUCAAUCCUUCAUCAACUGGUAAUUGUUGAUCAAAGGAAAAUAUGAUGAAUGUAGCGGUUGGUGUUGUACCCUCCCAAGUAGAGUAUGAUGCCGGCAUCAGUAUGUACGGGGUAUGAUUUUGCCACAGGUCGGUGGCGGGUGGACAUCGGUGUGUUUGCAGCAGGGCGAUUAGCAACAACGCACGAUAUUAGCGCAUUAUUUGUUUUUGCAACAAAUUAACCAUGCUCGACCAACGCCAGACAACGCUCCUUGGAAAUAAUUUCUUAUAACUCUGCAGUAGUUGCGUGUGUAUUUGUGUCCAUUGUACAACGCAUCCUCGUCAAUGGGAUGAUCAACAUGAUCACCUAACCCGUCGUUACUGAUACUGUUGACGAAUGUAUCUUGACUGCAGUGGUUCUUACGUUUUAUUGUGCAUAUUUUAGUGAUAUGACUAAUAUUAUUAAACCGAUUUUACUUCGCAUUGAUAUUAAUAUGAAUUGAGUUAAGCAAGCGAACCAAAAACAAAACGGCAAGCAAAAUUUCAAUAAGUUAGCUUAUGUAACAGAACAGUGCGCACACUUUUUUAGUCACCAAACGAUAGCAGAGAAACUGUGUAAGUCUAACACUUUUACGACUAUAUAUAUAGCAACUAGUAUUUAAUCCCUUAUAUAAACUAUACCCUGGUCAGCUCUGUGAAACAUUGUGCAGUAAUGAAAAAAAAGAAGCAAACACAACCAUAUGCGAUAGACUAUUAUACAAAUCGUUCACUUUGACUACAGGAUAAAAAAUUCACUGCAAAUAACUAAUACGUUAGCCUUGCUGAGAAUCAGUAAUUGUCCAACCAGUAAUGUAAUAGUAUACAAGCAACUGUGAGUCAACCAUUUUGUGUGCAUAAGUGGAGAGAUUUCUUCCAAUGCUGGUUUUUCGAUGAAGCUCUCAUACAAGUUAGUGCACCGAAAGCAAACAACAAUGACCUACAGUGAACAAUGGUAGCAAUCCAGAAGACCGGGGAAGCUUUAAUUAAAUGCACACUUGCUUAAACUUAUCUCCUUUUUAAUACUUUCACCGUAAUUGUGUGAAAUGCGGUAACAACAUGUCAACUGUUGUCAUCAUCACUGUCCAGGGAUAAUAGUGUUUAGGCUACAGAGUAAUUUGUAAUGUAUUAAGAGUCUGAAGUACUGUGCGUAAUAGAAUGUGAUGGGAGAAAAGAAAGAAAAAAAGCAAAUGAGUAAACGAAAAUGAUAGCACUCACAGAUAGGCGACAUUUGUGACAAACAACUUUUGUCCUAGCGAGAAACCAUUGUUAAAAAAAGGCUGCCAACCAUUUGUUUGUUCAUUUCACGCGUACUACUAGCACAUCUACCGGGAUGGCGGAAUCGUAAGAGAGUUUUCAUGCGUGAUAGUAGCAAUAAUACGCAACACAGAGUGGAGAACCUCUAACCUUAGUUUAGUGUAUGAGUUUCCUCUUUCGUGGUUUCCCACUCGUACAAUUUACGUGAGUAGAAGCGGGAAUAAUUGUUUGCAUUUUGAUAUUUUUUUUAGCGAAAGCUUUCGUAAAGCUUGCAUAAUGAGCAGUAUACACCAAACAAAAAAUCCAACUGGUAGCUAGGUUUUUAAACAAAUUGGACGCUCGUUCCGGUCGCUUUCGGAUUGUUAAGUUGUUGUUAACAUUCACGAAAACUCACUGCAACGCGACGAUGUUUGCUCAAUCUAUUGCGAAUGACUUAUUAGCUUUUUUUUCCUAGGCCUAUUUAACGUAACGUUCGAAUGAAGUAGAUUUUGUGUUUCAAAUGUGUCAAGUAAUUAAAAAGGUACUUUUUUAUAUCCAGAGGUAAUCUAGUAGAGUUGAUGAAGACGGGUGCUACGAGUAAGUACGCCCUUUUUUGGUGAAGCAAGUUUAUAGCUGACAGACGGUUUGCUUCGGUCGCCCGGUAGAAUUCUGUAAAGUAUUGGCUCUUUGCCAUCUUAUUGUCUCUCUCUCUGUGUAAGUGUGUUUAUGUAAAACGCAAACCAACAACGCAAAUGCAAUUAUGAUUUAAACGAUUUCUUCCAAAUAAUAUACCUUUGUUGGUACGCUCUUGCGCAACUGAUGAACAUUCAUUGUAAGGAAGCUGCAACAAGCCAGAAAGUAAUACGAAACCACCUAAAAAUAGUCGCUAAACGAACUUUUUUUUUUCGUCGUAUAUGGGGUCAUAUGUGGCACAGUUUUGUGACAGGUUCGAUGUGAAGUGAAGCGGGGUAUGGCUUACACUUUGGGAAAGUUUUUUUUAGGCAAAAAUGAGAAGAAGAAAAAAACAGAAAGGUUAGAAAAGUGUAACUUACCAGUACAUGUCGUGUUUUCCUCAACUUAUAAAACUACUAAACCGUAUCAGUGUGAACGUAAAUAAUGCAGUUAAAGAGAAAAUAGCAACUUAUAGUCAUUACUACUCCACCCUUUCACCCAAAACAAAACAAACAACAACAAAAAAAAAACAUAACGAAAUGAUAAAUCGAUUAAGGAAAUUUAAACCAAAUUAGUGGUAGUAAGUAAAUUAUAAUCAACACAAAGGUACAGGUGCAUAAAUGUUCGAAAACAAAGUAAAAACAUACACACAAACAAACGAAUGAGAUUGAUUGAUACAUUGGUUGAGCGAAACGAAUCCGUUUUUUUUCUUUCUGUUUACUAACAUAAGUACGCUUUCUUUGUCGUUAUUCCUGCGAACGAGAAAGCGGAAUGAUUUCUUUUAAAUUAAUUCUGUUCACAAUCAGUUUAUUGAACAAUGAAAAUUGAAAUCAGCUUCUAGUCAUUUUCUUCCAGCAUUGUUCAAAAUUAGCCCUAAAACUGUGUUUCCAGUAUCUUUUUUAAUUUUUGUUUUGCUGUGUGUGAUUCAGUGUUUAAAGCUAAGUCAAGUGCCAUAAUUUGUGUCUGAAGCUUUUUUUUGUUUAAUACGUUCUACAUUCAUACAUGCCGUUUGAAUCAAUGUAUCGAUAGUUCUUAUACCAAUCUUUCAACUGAACAAAUUCAACGGACAAAAGAAAUUUAAUCAAAAUUAUGCAACAAUUGUUGUACAAACCAAAUAAUAGAGCAUGGAUACGAAAUAACUGCUUCGUAACAUAUAAUAAUAUUUAGCGGAUGUAGUAGGUAGUAGGUGAGACAAAAAAACCAAUGCAUUUAUUUACACUGUUUGGCAAAUGGAUCACAAUUAGGGUGCGGUUAUGUUUUGCUUUGCAGAAAACUAAUUAUGAUUUUUGUGUUCGUAACAAAUUGCCGUCUUUUUUCAUGAGUUUUCGUUUUAUACGCUUCAUAUAAACGUACCGAAUACUUCUUAUUCUACUUAUGAGACGUGCAGCAUUCUUUACCGAAAGUUAUCAAACAAAAGUAAUUCUUUGAAAAAAAAAACAAAAGAAAUAACAAGCUCUGUAGUAUAAUCCCUAUGAUACGCUCGCAAAACAUGUAAUCAAUGUAAUCACUUAUGGAAAAGGUGUGUGAAACUAUGUUUAAGAAAUUGAUAAGCUGAUUCAAACCGUUGCAUUCGAUUUGCGAAAAAGCAAACCAAAAUGGAGAGCAAAUUAAAUGAAAAUGCAUACGCGAACAAUCACUGUUCCAUUAGCGAGAAAGAUAGACCGAGAGAAAAGCAAAGAAAAAAAGAAAAUAACAAAUUUCAGUAACAUUACCCAUUAAAUGUAGUGAUUGAUAAAUUGCUUGCUUGAAUAUUGUCAAACAGGAAAAGCUUAGAUCAGAACGUGAAGUACCAAAUCCACCGUAAGGCGGAUGGGGUUAUUGAAGGGUAAUUGCAAAAAAAAGGUAAAACGAUUCGUACGAACAACUGUACCGAAUCCCCGGACCCAUUUGGUGGCUCUAGUAAUUGCAGAAAAGAAAAGAAAACAAAAAACAAAAACAAGAACGAAAAGAAACGCAAAACGUAAACUUCACUAAUGAGCAUAUACUCUUUAAAUUUAAAUAAUACUAGAAACGUAAGUAAGCUAACUAAUGAAACAAAAGAAUCAGAAACAUGCAGCCAAAAUCAACUACUAACAGACAGCAUACGAAACAUUGCAUCACGAAACUAUUCAAAAGCAAAAUAAUGCAAACUAUACAGAAUUUUCAGAACUACUCAAAUUAUUACCAGACAAAACAAAACAAAAACACCCAAAAAUCGAAAUAAAAAUAGUAAAAAGA